CGGGAUCAUUUAUUCCAAGAUGGGUUAAUAUAAACAGCUACUUCAAACAACAUACAUGUCAUUUACUGGUUUUCCAUUCCCACUACUUUAGUUACUUUAACGCGAAAAUUGGAUAUAAAAGUAAAAUGAGACCAAUUCAGAAGUGGUUUAUCAUUAUUUCCAUAUUAGGAAUAAUUUCAUGUAUUUUAAUCAUGAUAUUGAAAGUUCAAGACCAGUGGUAUAUAGAAGAGAGAAAUUUUAACCCAUUAGAUUUAUAUGAUCUUCAAAUUGAAUAUGUUAUUCAAAACUCUACAGAAAUAUCAUCAAUCGAGGAAAACAUUCUCGCUUUUAAAAGUGACCUUUCAAAGAAGACUAUGAAUCUUUCCAAUGAAAUCACAGUCUUGACUGCUUAUUUCAAUAUAGGAUCCUUUGCAAAAGGAGUUUUUAGACAUCAGUAUAACCCAAAUAUCUAUUACAAAUGGAUGUCUGUAUUUCGCAACAUGACCAAUAAUGUAAUUUUUUAUACAAAUGAUAUGAUUGCAUACAAAUAUUUUCAAAAGUUAAGGGAAAAGUUUCCUAAAGAACGAACCAAGACAUUUCUGAUAAACAAGAAGGAAUUGUGGUCAUUUAAGAUACAAGAAAAUAUUUCUCAAAUAUAUACACAGCCUGAUUACCCAAAACAUCUUCCCAAUACUGUUGUACCUGGAUAUUCUUGUGCCAUGCAUGCAAAAUUUGAACUUCUUAACCAGGUUAUAAGAAAGAACUAUUUUCAUACUAAAUACUUUAUGUGGUUAGAUAUUGGACUUUUUCGAUAUCUCCAUGAUGACCCAAAAUUUAAAUUGGCAAAACCUACAGAUUUUGAUGAUACAAAAGUUGCCUAUGCCCAGGUAGAUGAUUUCCAGAAGGAUGUAACAUAUAAAGACAUUAUUUAUGACAAUAUGGUGUGGAUAGGAGGUGCUAGCAAUCUUGGUAAAUAUGAUGUUUUGUACAAAUUUACUCAAGAGUAUUUGAACUUUGUUAACAAGUCUUUGUCUAUAAAACUAAUAAGUACAGAUCAACAGAUCAUAUAUGGAAUGUAUUUGGAUAAACAUAAACCAGAAACAAAGCUUCAACUUUACAAAUCAGGUUGGUUUGAAUUGGGUUAUGUAUGUUAUGCAGCUGGAAAGAACUAAUUUGAUUAAUAUGUACAUAUAUGUAUAUAAAAUAAAAGGAACACACACACACAUAUGGGUGGUGUGUAUGUAUGUUAACAUUUAUUUUCUAAAAUCAAAAUACCAUAUAUACACAACUAUAAAUACCAUAUAUACUCAUCUAUAAGAUGCACCUCCAACUUGGUUCAGAUCAGGAAUUUUAUCACUGACCUGACUAUAAGUUGCAGCAACAUUUUUGAUGUUGAAGAGCAAAGUUCUAUUAGGAAUCACACAGACAUAGUUGUUGUUCGUGAGCUUUCAGUAAGCUGAAGAUGACUUACAACAACUGUUAUCCCAUUAAGCCCAUGCAUUUUACAAACCGCUGAUUAUGCUAGCUGACUUGUUCAUCAUACUGAGACUUAAUUGCUUCGAUACUUUCCCUUUACUUUCUGAUUUAUGCCUUAUAUCGAAUUAAAGAAAGACAGUUAUGGUACAAAAAAAAAACAAGCAUUAAACUCACUUUUUUAAAAUUAAUUGUUUAUUUCAUACUAACAGAAGUAAUGAAAGAUAUAAAGAAAUAUCUAAAGAUUAUCUUCCGUGUACUUCUUGACUUCAGAAUUAGCGGUUCGGGUUUUUUCAAUUAUUCCAAGUGUUGGAACUUCUAACAUGGCUUGUACCUAGAAAAUAUCUAAAGAUAUUUUUAUAGGAUACGCUUAAAAGUCACACCCCCAACUUCAGGCAAAAAUUUCAGGGAAAAAAGUGCAACUUAUAGCCAAGUAUAUACGGUACUACAAAUUGCCUUUUUGCCUUUUAGAAAGUAAAUUAUUCAGAGAAAUUACUGAAAUGCUAUGUACAUAAAAGCAAUAAUUAAGCUAGUGUGAAUAUAUCUAAUACUUUGAGCAUUAAAAAGCUAAUUACAGAUAAGUACACAGUGAUGAAAGGAUAAUAUUAAUAUUAUUAUAAUGUUUCCUGGCAGCUAAGAAGGACUACUCCUGACAUGUUUUGGUCUUAGAUUAAACUGCAGAUAUGGGAUCAGCUGCAUACAACCCAAAAGUGCUGGUCUUACUGUUGGCAACAUGAAAAUCUAGUGUCUUAACGUUAUUGAACAAGUGGCCUUGCUUCCAAGCCAUCCUCAGAUAUAUACAUUUACACAGCCUAUUCUGAAUAUGACCAUGUUGAUCAGAAAAAUAGUGCGGGAAAUGUUACAUACUUUAUACAUGGAGGAGAAUAAUCCAGUCAUUUUGGUGGUGUGGGUGUCUUUAAAAGGCCACUCCACAAGAUUUCUGUUGACAUUUUCAGCAAAAGUUUAUUUAUUGGCAAUUUGCUAAUGAGUUCUUCAAAACUUGAUAUCUUUGCAUAUUCUGCGAUAAACUUCAUCAACUCCCAGCCUCCAUUCAACCGCAUAUUCCUUUAUGCAGAUGAUGUCCUUGAGCAAUUAGACAAUCAUACUUCUUACAUGCAAGCAAGGAUCCUCUUUUCAAUCAGUCAACCUGCAAAAGAUAGCAUCCAACCCUCCUUCAAAUCACUAUAUAUCAUCCCAAAACAAAGUUACAUUGGAGAAUGUGGUAAAUGAUAUAUGAAAAUACAGGAUGGUCACAGCUAGAAUGUUUCAAUCAUAGAUCUGCUUGAUUAGGUUUGAUCAGUGAGCAACAGCAAAAAGAACAACUGAUUGCAACACUUGGAAACAUCUAGUAUUUGUAAUUUGUCAGAAGCUGUUUGGUUAAACUGACACAAUGAAAAAUAAUAAAUAUGUAAUUAUUGAACAGGAAAUGAUAGUACCGAUUUGUUAUUUACUCAAUAAUAUGCAUUUCUGUACUACAAAUUGAUGACCACCAUAGCAAAGUAAUUUAGGGUCAAUUCCACCACAGUGGAAUCCUCAAAAUGUUCAUUCAGAAGCUUUAUAAAGACGCCUCUUGUCAAGUGUUGCCUAAUGGCUGAAACCUCUUGAGGUAAAAGCUGGAUGUUUAUUAUUGUCAAUGAUCUUCUUGAUAUUGCAUCAAACUACAUAGACCAAAAGAGAAAGCAUAUAAUAGGUAGAAAAGUAGCUUAGAGCAGGGGUUUUCAAACUUUUUGACUCGUGGACCCCUUUAUAUUUCAGGCUUUACCUUAGAGACCCCUUGAUAAACACUUAUGAAAUUUAUACAUAAACAUUUGCUUAAAAUAACAUAUAUUUUUUCAUUUAUUUAUUUAACAGUAUUUAACAAAUAGGUUUAUUGUCAAUUAAAAGAUUUCGAUUAAAAAACAUAUAUAAAAUCAAAUUGCCCAUAAAAAGUAUUUGCUGUCCACGGACCCCCUGUCUUGUCCUUGCGGACUCCCUGUGGUCCGCGGACCACAGUUUGAAAACCCCUGGCUUAGAGAAUCAAGACAUUUCUUGAGGUCUCAAAAGUUCAAGACAUACAGAGAAAGACAGACAAGCUAACAGAGAAAGUAGUGAAAACUAAACUGAGGGUUAACAUUUGGAAGACAGAAAUCAUAAAAAUUCAAACCAUGAAAAUUACAUGUUGAAUGAAAUUAAGUGUUUCAUGCAUGUACUGUAACUGAAAGUACAGAAAAGGACAUCUGAGUUUUGAAAAGUUAGUCAGGCUUCAAGGCUUUGUCCAGGCAUAGUAAGCUGAGAAUUUUCUUUAACAACAUUAAACCAUCCAACUACAGGUUACUAAAUCAUGACAAAUGAACAAAUCUCCUCAGAAAGUUCCAGUCACAAAAAAGGUGCCUCAAAACCAUUCUAAAAAUUAGAUAUUAAAAACCUGUGAAUGUCAAACACCAAGGAAUCCAUCACCAAGAAAUAGCAAAAUGUAAUCAGUGGGUCGGUCGUACGUUAAGAAGACCAAGGCAAAUAUUUCAUUGAAAUUCAGAGGGGAAAAGGCAGUUAGGAUGUUUGAUGAUCACCUGGCCAAUAUUUGUAAUACCUUGAUUAUGUAACUUAUAAAUCAGUCAGUUUUAUAAGCAAAUUAAUACUUCAUUUGUUUACACAGUUAUUUUUCUAUACUUUCAUAAUUUAUUUGAUUUAAUCCAUGGUUAUUUAGUCUGUGCCAAUGGAUAGCAUUCUGACCAUUCAAGUAUGUUAAAUGUCUCUACAAGUUAUUACUUUUAUUACUGUUUUUCUACAUUGUUAUUAUUGUUUUUCUCAUCUGUUUAUUAAAGCUUUUAUUGUUAUUGCUGACCUGACCCUUUUAAUGAAUGUAAACUCUAAGUGUUUCUUUUUUAACUUUAGUUUUCAUUCUUAUUUAGUCUUUGAACUAUCCCUAUUUUGAGCCAAUAAAAAUUUGCUAAUAUUCUUAUUCAUAUUCUUUGUUUUCUUGCUGUGGAUAUUAAUGUUGUUGCUGCUUUUGUUGUUGAUAGGAUAAGAAAAUACCAUGCCAUUUAUGCUCUAAGUUUAUACCACCAGGGAACUUUAUAUUUUAGUGGUCUGGGAUUGACUGUCAACAUUUCUUUAUUUAUGCCAUUUUACAAAUUAUUCUUGUUUCCUCUUGUAUUUUUUUCAUCUAGUUUUAUUCUAUGUUCAUCUAGCAAAAAUGCUUUUAGCUGCAAUUAUAUAAUUAAACACAAUUCUCCUAAAAGACAGUUACUACAAUUGAAUCAAAAGUUCACAUAAUUCUCAAAAUAUCUGCUGCUUUCAUCACAAA